AACUCUCCUCGUACUUCCUAUUUCCGGCCAGUGAAAGUGACGCCGCUUGGUGACGCCUCCCACCCCCCGGCGCGUAGCUGGUGACGCAAGCCCUUGCCAGAUACGGGCGGUGCAGGUGAACUCCGGGCACAGAGGGAUUCGGGCGGAAAUGGGCAUGGAGUCGCCCCCGCCAACCAUGAUUGAGGGUCUCGGAGAUGAGGUAACAGUAGCAGUUGGUCUUUUUAUCUUACUCCUGGCCAUCACCCUGGCGUGGCUUUCUACCUACGUCGCUGAGGGAAGUGACCCGCUUUUAGGAAGCUUAAUGCCGGCCGGGCGCAGGGACCGUCUCCUGGUACUCAGUAAUCCGGUACCCGCCAAUCCCGAACCACAGCGGCCGGUGGAAGCCCAAGCGGAGAAACCCGAAGAAGGAGAGCAGGAUCCAGGCGGAGAGCAGGAAGCUGAGAGUGAGAAUGCUAACCUGGAUCAGAUGCUGGAUAUUCAAGGGGUGCCCAAGCGCAGCCAAGCUGUGGGGUCCCUGGGAGAGGAGGAUGGAACAGAGCUUGAUGUGGCACAGGAGGAGGGCAAAGAGGCCGAGAAACCUCUUAUUGUGGGUCGGAAGGUAGAGCAAGAAGAUAACAAACCACUUGCAAAAGAGGAGGUGACUCGGGAGCAGACUCUGCCUGAGGAAGGACUCAUGACAGUCAGGCUGAAGUUCUUAAAUGAAACAGAGGAGGUGGCAAUGGUCAGGCCAGACGACACCAUCGGGAUGUUGAAAAGCAAAUACUUCCCCGGCCAAGAGCAACAAAUGAAGCUGAUUUUCCAGGGACAGCUCCUCCAUGACUCUUCUCAGACCCUGUGCUCUCUUCACAUUACAGACAACUGUGUUAUCCACUGCCACCGCUCUCAAGCCACUAGCCCAGCCUCCUCCUCGUCAAGCCCAGAGUCUGGAGGCAGCUCCCAAGAUCACGCCAGCCUCACACCCCCUAUUGGAAACCUGAUGAUCCCUGUCUUUGUGGUCAUGUUAGCAUUAAUCUGGUACUUCCGAAUCAACUACCGCCAGUUCUUUACUGCGCCAGCAACUGUCUCAUUGGUCGGAGUUACUGUAUUUUUCAGUUUUUUGGUCUUUGGCAUGUACGGACGAUAAAAGACAGAGACGCAUGAGCUCUACAGGAAGGGGUGUGGAUGCUGAAACCUGUACUGAAAAAAGAUGGCUCCCCUUUUGUAUGCUGCUUCAGCUAACCAAUAAUUUGUGGGCUUAAUCAUGCUGUAUCGCAGGGUUCUCGGACGCUGAUUGGGAUAAACUAAUCCUAUGAACUCCCCGUACCCCCCUCACAGAACUUUAAAUGAAUAAACAGAGAUGGCUUCUCCUGGCGUUUAAUAAGAAUCCCGUUUGCACAGUAUGUUCCAGCCAAAGAGUGAGACUAUCGGCACACCCUGGGCAAGAUUUAAUAAACAAUAAGCCAAAUUGGUCCUGACCAAAAGCUGUAUGUGUCUGUGUGUGGGUGGGUGGGUUAGGGAUCACCAUAUAGACAUGAUUGAAGAUCAACAUCAGCCACCGCAGAGAUUGAUGGCCUAGACAAUGGCAAGGAAUCCUAUAAUCAAGAUAAUUCUGUAUUCUGGUAUCGCUUUGAGAAUAAAAUAUGCCUUGAUUUCAUGGCAAGUGGAUUUCGGGUAAAGAGAGUGUAGAUAUCCCUGCGCAGAACCGAGAUGUACAGCACGUUCUCUUGUUUAAAAAUGCUCUGUGCAAUUGUAACCUUGUCUGGGUGCACUAAAGCCGUUUAAGCAAUGGGGGCGGGGGUUUAAACUAUAAAACGUUGUGCCCAGUUACGUCUAAGAUGGACUUCUUCUGUUUGGUCACGACCAAAGCUGAAGUGCUAACCGUGAACGAAACUGCCGGAGAACAUUGCAAGGACUGGCUACUGACAGUGAGCAAGGGAACUGCUACUGGGUUACAGAAACAAGCGAAGAACCAAACAGGACUGGUCAUAUCCAGGUUAGAUGGGAUAAUCGGGUGGGGUUGGUAGAUAAUGAGCCGGGUCAUACUCAAGCAGGAAUGAUUGAACUAAAACGCUAGCCAGAGCUGCGUCAGUCUUGAUGCAGACUGUCUGCAAAAUGCAAGCGCAAAACUGCAUCAGAUCAGGCAAAAAAAGUUUGCUCAGCCCCUACUCCGCACUGGUCUUGGCCAUCCAAUAAGGCUGCUAGAAUGGAAGUCGUGCUCCUAUGUUUGCACAAUUGCCCAGCAAUAUUUUCCAGCGGGGGCUCCUGGUGAAGCAUCGGGAUCUGUAUAUCUUGCAGACUUUUCCACGGGGUUGUACAAUUGCUUCAUCGUUUGGGCUGAACGCCGUAGUUGGAUUUUUCUGGUUUAAAAAGGACAGGGUGACUCUCCGUAUCCUUUUACUGUCCUCUGAGAGGGAUCCACAGUGUGGGUGUUUCUAAACAAAUAAAGUCAUCUUGCUUCUCAA